AUGGCCACCGAAACGAAAUUGAAGUAUCUGGAAGACAUAUUUUCGUCUGUUGGCAGGGAUGUAUUGCUGGAAAUUCUCAUAUCCUGCGAUGGCUCGGUGGAACAAACCGAAUCUCUAUUAUCCGAGCAGUUUCCUGUAGACACGAAGCGGAAGGCGAAAUCGGCCGCGGUUUCUGGGCACCAGAAAAAGUCCAAGUACCAGCGCUCGAUUUCGCAGCUGAUUGACUCAAAUAGUCUGCCAACGAAGGUGGAGUCUACUUCCAAGAAAAUGCGCCUUUUCACGAAAGAAGAGAUCGAGGCUUCUGUGCCCUAUGUCACGUUCAAGAGAGACUUUCUACCAGCAGAGGUUGCGAACAGUCUGCUAGAAGAGCUCCUAUCUAAGCAAGAUAUUUUCACCCCUAACACAUUUUUCAUUGCAGGAAACAAGUGUGUGGCUAAUCACAAGACAAAAGUUUUCACAGCUUCGGAUGAUGACGAACGACUGCAGUACGAUGUUGAACUUAGUGGUGGAAAACUUGAUAUGGGUAGUUUUGGCGAUAGCAUGCGGAUUGUACAAUGCCUUGUUGAGGAUGAGGUAGAGGCGUUGAGUCAAUCCAGAGAGAAACACGAUUUCCAGCCAAAAACGAAAUGGACAGGGGAUAUUGUAGUGGCUAACCUGUUUUGUGAGAAAUCCAGCAAUUUGGACUGGCAUUCUGAUAGACUCACCAAGAUAGGCCCUCUACCGGUGAUUGCUUCUAUUUCUGUGGGUGCAACGCGAGAUUUUAGAAUCCGAAAGAUCCACCCAUUCAACAAAAAUCCAAACCCUAUCAUCUCCAUACCUUUACCUCACAACACGCUACUGGUGAUGCACGCGGGGUUUCAGGAAGAAUAUAAGCAUUCUGUUGCACCUUCUUCUGGUCCCAUAGAGGGCCAUCCGAUCUCUGGGCAGAAGCGUUUCAGUCUGACUUACAGGCAGUAUCAUCCGGGUCUGGUCGAUUGUGCACCUACGUGCUCCAAAUGCGGCAGUGCAAUGCUCCUGAGAAGGAUGUACAAAAAAGUGGAAAACAGGGGAAAAUACUAUUGGUCUUGUAUGGGAUCGUAUGCCAAUAAGGAGUGCAAAGGAUUUUACUGGGCUAAUUUUCGGAAUCUGGAUACUCCAAACUCGAAGGUAUAUACCACGGAGGAGUCUGAGUGCUCCGAAUGGAUAGCAGAUGACGAUACCGCGAAAGCUGCGUAUUUAAUGACGAGAAGUUAG